CCACUGGAGGACUUGAUCUUGACCAACACGUCUGGAUUCAUGAGGGAAAAAAAACAACUUACAACUAAAGUCAGGCACGGAGCCCAGAAGGUUUGAUCUCCAAUCUGCCAAUUGGGAUAUCAGCACCAAACUUUUUUUUUUUCAACCAAUUACUGAUUUAUUUCCUUCUCACUGUUGGGAAGUAAACUUGCCCAGUCCGGGAGGUUGCCCCCUCCUUCCCAGAGCGGGUGUAGAGCUGAAGCUGGCCCGGAGAUGCGGUCCUUUCUCCCGCUUACUGUGUAUUGCAUCAGCCUGGUUUCCCUCCAGCAGCUGCUGGCUCUGCCGGCGGAGGAGCGUCCCGACACGAGCAGGUUGGAUCUCCUCAACAAAGUAAUUGACCAGAGAGAGGGUAGUUCCUUAACUUCAGGAAGCCAGACUAACAGCAUUGUCCCAUCUUCAGCCCCCAGCCAAUCCCCAGAAUGGCUGCCGGGUUUUCUGAGACAUGUACCAACAUCAGGAGCAAGAGCAGCCUCUCCUGAUCUGGCAUGGGCACGACCUUCUGAGGCUUUGCAGAUGGAGCACAGGGCCCUAAGAGCUCGCCGUCAUGCCCACUCGGGAUCACGAGGGGGUCACCACUACCCUCACCACGCCCAGCUGAUGAGAGUGGGUUGUGUCCUGGGAACCUGUCAAGUUCAGAACCUCAGCCACCGGCUCUAUCAGCUCAUUGGCCAGAGUGGCAGAGAGGACUCGUCCCCCAUUAACCCUAAGAGCCCCCAUAGUUAUGGAUGAGCUGGUUUCCUUUAAACACCCACAGCAAGUCUAUCUGUAUCUCCCUUUAUUUAUCUCUUAAUGUGUUACUGGUAGUCUUCGCAUUAGUAUUGGAUGUAGACCAUAACUUGAGUUACACUCAUCUUAAAUGACCAUUGCCUCUACUUUUUGUGCAUGAAUGAUGGAUUUGAAGAAUCAGAAUCAAGAUCUUGACUGACUGAGUUCUCCCACAGUUCUGAAAACAUUUUGAAGGACGUUUAAGUCUUUUCGAUCCCCCCGAACACUCAACAGAGGCCAAGAGGCCUUGCACUGACAUUUUAAUCCUGUUAAUGUAAUAACGAAGGCUUGUCUUUAACACCAUCCAGUGGCCUGGUCCUGUCUGCCAACUGACCUCCCCAGCGGUGGUUAUCCAGCGGCUCAUUGAUCAAACCCCUAAGCCCCUAAUGUGGAUUUCAAGCUGCACUCUGAGCCGGAGCCCUGCCAAAACCAAUGUAUUCCCAAAGACCUUGUAAGUGACCCAAUGAACCCUUUUACCUCUCUUUGUGCCCCUCUUUUGGUUGACUUCGGAGCUCAUAUGCAGUUUAACAAGAACAUCCCUCGACUCGUCCACAGGAUCUAAACUGAACUGGGAAUUCAUCACUCAGCAGGACUUUAUGUUUCAAGACCACGAUUUAUAAUUGAAACCAGCCACAGCACUUGAGAUACGCCAGAGCUGAAGAGAUUUUGAGUCUGAACUUCAACAAACAAAGUCACACCAAUAAAGAAAAAGAAGAGGGUCAGAAUCCCAUGCUUUGGAAGGAAUGCAAACAGAAACAGAGUCCCCUAAGGAUCAGUUUCCUUUUUACAUUACAGUGCUCAGUUGGUUGACACAGUCGGCGGCAAAGUGAACCUUGGAGCCAUGGAUCAGCACUCUACUUGCUGGCAUUUUCCCUGCUGGAGGCCAAGUCUGAAAUAUUAGCCUUUUCACGUGAUUUAUAAGUUCCCCCUGCAAGUCAGGACUUUGGGCUGACAGCAGUUUAAUAAACCUGACCUAAUCACUUCAGUCAUAUGUACCGCGGCAGCAGGAGGGGGGCCUGAACCUCCUACAGUCUGCAACACUAAAACAUACAUGAAAAGAACGAAGCAUUCACACAUACGUUACACACACAUGCAGGUUUAAAGUUUGCAGGUAUAAAAACUUUGGUUCACCAAAAUGGCAAAACAAAAAUCCCAUUUUAUCAUAUCUACAGAUAUCUUCUGUAGAUUUUACAGAGUGAUGUGUGCUGUAGAAAGGACACGCUAGUGUUAAAUCUUUACGUUUUUUUGCAGUGUUAUGAGAACCCCAAACUAACCUUGCAUUCUUUUGGUUGAACUGAGCCAAAACACAAUAAAGUAACUUACAUGGGACCAAUUAGGCAAACUGGACUGGGGGAGUUCUGUAAAAGCGAUGCCAGUGUGUGUUUGUUUGUGUGCGUGUGUGUACAAAUUAGUAUAUAUCAGAAUUUUAGAACCAGGUUUUGUGUUCCAAGAGAUGUUUAGGGCAUGAUUUUCUUUCUUUAGAAAAAAAGAAAAAAGAAAAGAAAACAGAAAAAUGUAUUUGGCUUUUGCCUUAAUUUAAUGGGACAGUGUAGAAAGAUAAGGAGCACAGGCAGAAAACAGCCCAGCCAGCCAGGGCUUGAGGCAGGGAUCCUCUGCUCUAGACGUGUUCGUAUUACGUACUAGACAUGUAUCGCACCAGGGAAUGGUCUUCUGUGAUUUCGAAGCACUUUUCUCUUUAUACCAUCCAGGUUGAGGCCAUAAUGACCUUCUACAACUCCGCAAGUCCAACAAUAAUAAGUCAAAUCUGUAAAUAAAAUGCAUUUACCUGUAGAUUUAUUGGGGAACACUACUUUUUCAGAAAAUGUCAGUUGUCCCUUACGUUUUCCAAAAGCAACACUUGACAACAUAUACUGCUGCACUGUUGCUGUUCAUAUGUUUAAUGGGUUUAACUUAGUCCAGAGACGACAGCUAAAAGCUUUACUGUUACAUUGUGGGUUUGUAAUGAGAGACCACAGUGACCAAAAUGUUAGGCGUAACAACACCCAAUUUCAAAUAUGUACACAAAAUAGCGUAGCACCAUCAAAAAACACAUACCCUGACAUUUCCUUUCACUCUAUUUUUGUCCAACUCUGAAAUGGUGGGUGGAUGAUGGACUGAGAAUUACUGAGGUCAAGCUCUUUUUUUUUUUUUUUUUUUUACUAAAAAUUCUACGGGCCUUAAACGUUCCACACAAAAAAACUAUAUAACCCCGCAUUUUUGGUGACAAGCAUCAUUAUAUUACAUAUUAUUUACAUACUUCUACACUUCUAUUCCAAGCCUUUACUAUAUGAUAGGCUGCUCUUAACUUGCAGAGUGUGCUAUUGUAGGAAUGCAGGUCACUUUCAGAUUUUUGUGCAUUAUUAUUUUGUGUUUUUUUGCCUGAUUUCACAACAUGAAAGUUUGGUAUUCCUGCCAGAGCACGAAUUUAGGCUCACUAAAUACCUGAUGAUACUUGACGAAUCAAGUGACUUUACAGUAUGUGAUCUACAUCAUAUAGUAGUUUGUUCUUUUAUAUCUUAAAGAUUUUUUUUUUUGUUUUUUUUUUCUUGGUGUCUUUGUAAGUUUUGUCAUCUGCAAUUUGUUUUUAUAUUUAGUCUUUUUGUUCUGCUCUGUGUGUAAUCAUGGGGGCUGGGAGGUCACAGGGUAAUAUUAAUCAGUGGUUCCUUGGUCUUAAGUCUAAUCUGUUCAAAGGCUUGCUGAGGUGAAACAUGCCAUUCUCUCUGCUGUAAUGGAGCAAAUCAUUGUCUCGUGACAGAUCAUUAAAAGGCUUUCAAACGCUAAAAAACCCUGGUGGAUCUCUCUACUUUGUAAAAAUUCACUAUUUCACACACACACACACACGAUGCAUGUGUGCGUAUGUGUUUGCACUGCUACCCUAUCAGGACGCUUAUCUCCUGUGUUUGAUCGGCGCUCUUGACCAUUGUGCUCCCAGUCUUUCUGUUUUUGUUUUUUUUUUCCUUUUUACGCAGUAUGUUUUUGUGACAUCAGACAUUGCGUCAUGUGGAGGUACAUGACCGCUAAUACCUCCCCACAGAAAACAUUUAGAGCCCCUCACAGCUCCUUAUUGCAAAAACACGUGCAGGAAUGAGUUUAAAAAUGUUUCUGUUAGUUUAGCUAGAUCGCUAUAGGUUUGUUUUUGCUGAUUUGGGAUUCACACGAUCUCCUUUAGUGUCACAGGAAAGCACUUUAUUGCAAGCAUGUGUGUGGAUAGUUUGUCACAACUUGAAUUUGGUUCAUUGUCAUGAACUUGUGAAAGCUGGAUGCGGCUCCUCUUGUAAAUGUUGCUUUUGAGAUUGUCUGCCAAUGUGUUUGAAGAUGUCAGUGCACUCCAUGUGGCGUCAAGAUAAACAUUGUGUGCACCUGUGAAUAUAUAUGUAUAUAUAUAUAUCAAAAAUAUUUAAAGAAAGUUAUGUAUUUAAGUUAUCUUUGUAUGUUCAUAUCUGUAUGUCACCAAAGACUAUUUAUCUCAUCUUUUCCUGCUCUUUUCACACAGUAGGAAAGAAAGUCUUAACUGUAGUUAAAAUGUUAAUGUUUGACAAUGUCCUUCAUUCUGUAAAAUAAAGACCUAUACUGUA